GGAUUGUGAGAUUGUCAAUGUAUAUAUUCCACGUUUUAAUGUCACUAAUACGAGUAAGUGUCACAAGCAGAUAUAAGAUCUUUUGCUUGAAGGACAAAGCAAAAAUGGGGCUUCUGACAGAUAAUGGAUGGCAAUAUUUAUGUUGUUGUGUUUUAUUGCUUGUUAUUGUCGCCGGAGGUGAAAGUAUAGUAGCACCAGAAUUGAAGAAAAAUUGCACUUAUCUCAUAACCGUGGAAACCACUUGCACAUGGGGAGCGGAAACGUCAACUAAUGUAAGCCUAAGAUUUGGAGACACAAAUUCAAAUGACAUAUUGGUAAGACACUUGAACUCCAAGCACCUAAGGAAAGUUGACCCUUUGGAGCCUGAGAUUCUUGAUGACAUGCCAAGGAAGCCGUUUCAAGCAUGCAUGGUGGACCAAUUUGAGGUCAAAGCGGCAUGCGUCGAAUCCCCCAUAUGUUACUUGUACCUCAAGUUAAUCGGCAAUGAUGACUGGCGGCCGGGUUUCGCACAGGUUCGGGUGCUUGAGGCCGAGGGCUCCCGUCUUAGCUCCGAUUACUUCUAUUUCCGACGAUAUCUGCCUAGACAUGUGUGGCAUGGUUCAGAUGCAUGUGAUAGUGAGGUAACUCCUUUUGGUAUCAAGAAGAAAAGAAAGGUUUACCGGAACAUUCCAUGAUCGACGAACAUCAAGCUAGCAAAACUUUAUAUAUACAUCCUUUAUUUUUAUUUUUCAAUCUUUCUUCUAAUUUCUUCGAUAAAGAAAUAUGACUAGUAUUUAAGUAUUUAACUAACCUUGUUGGUAGGUUUGUAUAAGUUAUUCAAUAGUGCACAUUUGAGGUUAUGAGAUAACUGUA